GCAAUGUUGGCCCCGCUUUCUGGCUGUCAACUCAGCUCCCUCCCUUUCUUUUCUCUCCUAAUGGUUCCAUGAACGAAGCCAAGUUCCUAUUCCAUCCCAACCCGCGUCGCGCCAAACCUUCCAGCGGCGCACCACCCUUCAAAGCUUGCAACAAGUCACAGUGCAUUUCCAUACCUACAUGUUCCUCUGUUGCAACUUCUUCUACACAAAGUCUUCCUGCCGAAAGAGAAAAAUUGACAUUCUUGAGUCUUAUUCUGCAAUUUCAUUUUUCUUCUUCUUUGCUUGACUUCUCAUUUCUCACAAACUUAGAGAUCUUAACGGCUAGCUCCGAUCGUCUUCCUUCCAUCUUUUUAUUAUAUCUACCUAUAAUCAAAUAUCCAAUUGAUGCCCUGCUCCACGUUCCGCUCUAUUUUGUUUUCGUCCAUCUUCUUUUUCCCCCAGUUUGUCUGGGUUCCAUUAGUUUAUUGCGCGGCGAAAGGGAGGGGGAGGUAGAGCGACAGAACAGAACAGAACGUGCAUCUCCCUUCCAUGGCCACACUACUGAUGAUUUGAUCCACUGGAAAAGGAGAAAAAAAGGCUCCUCCCUCUUUGUAUACACAUAUACCCUUUUGAUCUGGGAUCCCUCCAGCAACUUUUGCUGCUCUUUUUAGCUUCACAACAAGCUUCAGUCAGUGUACUGUAACGAUUGACAGAGAGAAGAAAGCCGGAGAGUGAGAAAAAGAGAGUUGCCCAAUUUCUCGAUCCUCCUUUACUUUUGCUACUGAGAUGGGCAGCCAGUGUUCCACGCUUCUCCCGCCGUGUUGCAGUGAGUCACAGUCCAAAGCAGCGGUUCUUGAAGUUGCUGAUGCUGGGAAUGUAGAGGAGAAUGGAGCUGAUUACUGGCCUGCUUUCAGGGAGUUCACAUUCGAGCAACUCAAGAACGCCUCCUCCGGCUUCGCGGGAGAAAACAUCGUUUCUGAACAUGGAGAGAAGGCUCCCAACGUUGUCUAUAGAGGGAAGCUUGAAAACCAGACCAAAAUUGCUAUCAAGCGCUUCAACAGGAUGGCCUGGGCUGAUGCUCGCCAAUUUGUGGAAGAGGCAAGAUCUGUUGGGCAGCUCCGCAGCCAUAGACUGGCGAAUUUGGUUGGUUACUGUUGUGAAGGUGAUGAAAGGAUACUCGUUGCAGAAUUCAUGCCAAACGAUACACUAGCAAAGCAUCUUUUCCAUUGGGAAGCACAGCCUAUGAAGUGGGCAAUGCGGUUGAGGGUUGUUCUCCACCUUGCAGAAGCUCUAGAGUACUGCACAAGCAAAGGGCGUACGCUUUAUCACGAUCUUAACGCCUACAGAAUUUUGUUUGAUGGGGAUGCUAAUCCAAGACUAUCAACCUUUGGUUUGAUGAAGAACAGCCGGGAUGGCAAAAGUUACAGUACUAACCUGGCAUUUACACCCCCUGAAUAUCUGAGAACAGGGAGGAUUAUGCCAGAGAGUGUCAUAUAUAGCUUUGGCACUCUUUUGCUUGACCUUCUCAGUGGAAAGCAUAUUCCCCCAAGCCAUGCUCUCGACUUAAUACGCGACAGGAAUCUUCAAAUGUUAACUGAUUCUUGCUUGGAAGGACAAUUCUCCAACGAUGAUGGUACAGAGUUGGUGCGUUUGGCUUCUCGAUGUCUACAAUCUGAACUCCGAGAACGACCCAGCCUCAAAGUAUUAGUCCCUGCUUUGAUUCGUCUACAGAAGGAAACAGAUGUUCCUUCUCAUGUCUUGAUGGGUAUCCCAAGCAGUGAAUCAGUGUCUCCUUUAUCCUCAUUUGGUGAUGCUUGCUCUAGAAAAGACCUGACAGCUGUUCAUGAGAUCUUCGAUAAGCUUGGCUACAAAGAUGACGAAGGAGUGACUAACGAGCUCUCUUUCCAUCUUUGGACUGAUGAAAUGCAAGAAACUUUAAACACAAAGAAAAAGGGCGAUGCAGCUUUUAAGCAGAAGGUUUUCAAGGAAGCAAUCGACUGUUAUACACAGUUUGUUGAUGCUGGAACCAUGGUUUCUCCAACUUUGUAUGCAAGGCGUAGCCUGUGUUAUCUCAUGACCGACAGGCCUCAAGAAGCUCUAGGCGAUGCCAUACAAGCCCAAAUCAUUUCUCCUGUAUGGCAUGUUGCCUCCUAUCUUCAAGGCAUCGCACUUGAUGCGCUUGGAAGAGAAAAUGAAGCUCAGAUGGCACUGAAAGAGGGCACAAGUCUUGAAGCUUUAAGAGUUCAAAAUUCUGAACAGAAGUGAUGAAAGCUCAUGGUGUGGUUUGUGUGAUCUAAUGUAUCUUCUCAACUCUUGCUUCCUUCUCAAGGCAAGUCUGAAAAUAUGGAAGGCCCGUACUGCAGGUUCCACUGAAGUUAUUUGCUCGAGCUGCCUUGUUCUUUCCUGCUGUUUUGUCUGGUCCGUUGUGUGUUCUUUGUAUUGAAUUUCCGAGAGAAAUAUGUUAUUUGUUUAUCUUAUUUUUUUGGUAAGAAAGUGGGAAAUGGAAA